CUUUACCCGACCCAACUUCCCUCUCACUUUUCAUUCCCUCUCACUAUUUAUAUAUACCCACACCCCCACACCCAAAUCAAACACACAUAUCCGACUCCCACUUAACACACUCAUCGCCCAUCUAUCAGUCUUGCUUGCUUCCAAAAUGGAACUCGAGCUCGGCCUUGCUCCUGCGGCGGUGACGGCGGCGACCCAUUUCGUUGACCGGAUCAAAGGUUUCGAUUUGAACGAUAAUAAUGCGUUCGAGGUAAAGGGUGACUGCCCGUUGACCAAGAAACGGCGGUUUGACGAGGCGAUUGAGGAUUGCGGGCGGGGCGGAUUAAAAACGCUUAUGUUGCUUCAAUGGGGUGGGAAGCCAGAUGAUGAUGAUGAUGAUCCAAAUGAGGCUCAGACCAAAUGUCGUGUUUAUCAAGGGAACCUAGACGAAGAAAGCAUAAUAGUGGGGUGGCCACCUAUAAGAACAUGGAGAAAGAGGGUGUUGCACGAGCAUCAAGGGGGUGGGUGGGUGUUUGUAGCCAAUAAUGGAGGAGGAGGAGGAGGAGAAAUUGUGGUUGAUAAUGGUAGGGUUAAUAAUGGUGGUGAAAGGAACUCCACAUUUGUGAAGGUGAAGAUGGAGGGUGUAGCCAUUGGGAGAAAAGUUAAUCUAAGUCUUUAUAACUCAUAUCAAAUUCUAUCCAACGACCUCAUCAAUAUGUUUGCAAGAUAUCGGGAUUGUGAAGAAAACGGUAGGGGCUAUACCCUCUUGUAUCAACACAAAGAAGGGGACUGGUUGGUGGCCGGAGAUGUUCCAUGGAUGUAAGCAUUUAAUUUUCUAAAUUUAUUAAUUACAAGUUAAAAUUUAGUUCAAUUUAAUAUUACACACAAAAAUAAAUUCAAGCAGAACAUAUUGUAAAACUGCUUUUUGACUUUCAGGACAUUUGUGGGGUCCGUACGAAGGAUAGAGAUACUCAAGAAUAGAAAUUGAGGGCGGAAGUAAUGAUUGAUAGGCUGUAUUUUGUCCUUAAAUAUUGUUACUUUUCAAACCCCUACGGGCAUAUUAAUUAAUGUUGUAUUAAAGCCUAUGAAAACGCAAGUGUAACUUGAUAGCUAGCUAUAUGCCUCACUAAUAUUAUAUUCAUUCGAUCUUUAUUAAAGGCAAAAUUUCAAAUUUGGCAUUAUUUACGUACUUCG